AUGUCAGCAAAAAAUAGUGGUGUUUCGAAAACAGAAUCUAUGAAGAAUGGCUUUAUAGUAGUCCCAUUUAAACUUCCAAAACAUAAAAGUCUGAAAGAAAAGACACCAUCAUAUCAUUAUAUGUUUAUAAAAAAACACCAAACAAAACUAGAGGAAGAAAGUAAUUCUUUAUUUUUAGUAAAUAUACCACUAUUAGCAAAUGUUGAAAGUUUAGGCUCUAUCAUGAAGAAAAUUUGUAAUCAAUAUGAUACAGUGGCACAUGUAGAGGAUCUUCUAUAUAAUGAUGAAUUUGGUUUACAUGUGGUAGAUUUAUCCAGCUUAACUUCAGAUCUUAUGUCCACUGGUGACAUAUCUGAAAAAAGAUUUACUCCAAGAAAUACAGCACUAUUAAAAUUCUUAGAUGAAUCAAGUUUAAACAAUUGUUUUAAUGCAUUAAAAAAAUAUUCUAGUAUGAAAGAUAAAAGUAAACUAAUAGAAUGGGAAUAUACCUCACCAUCCCUUGCAACCUUUAUUAAUUUUUACAAGCCUUUAGAUGUUGAAUAUUUAAAGGAAGACAUUCAUUCUCACAUGACACUUUUCGAACAAAGAGAACAACAAGCCAAAGAAGAUAUUCAAAGUUCUAUUGUAGAUGAAGAUGGGUUUACAUUGGUUGUUGGUAAGAACACUAAGUCCUUAAACUCUAUUAGAAAAAAGAUUUUAAAUAGAAACCCAUUAUCCAAACAUGAAAAUAAAUUUAAACCUGCACCAAUUAAUAAAAAUGCCAAAGAAGAUUUCUAUAGAUAUCAAAUUAGAGAACGUAAGAAGCAAGAAAUUAAUGAAUUGUUAAGUAAAUUUAAAGAUGAUCAAGAAAAGAUUAAAAUAAUGAAGGCAAAGAAGAAAUUCAAUCCAUAUACAUAG